CUCACAGACCUGUAGGAGCUGGAGUGGGAGCACCAGAGCCUGAUUCCUUCUGAGUCCCUGGCAUCCCCAGAAGCUUCAACUCUGGAGGCGAUGGGUCGAAAGGAAGACGAUGACUGCAGCUCCUGGAAGAAACAGACCACCAACAUCCGGAAAACCUUUAUCUUCAUGGAAGUGCUGGGCUCAGGAGCUUUUUCGGAAGUUUUCUUGGUGAAGCAAAGGGUGACUGGGAAGCUCUUUGCCCUGAAGUGCAUCAAGAAGUCACCUGCCUUCCGGGACAGCAGCCUGGAGAAUGAGAUCGCUGUAUUGAAAAAGAUCAAGCAUGAAAACAUCGUGACCCUGGAGGACAUCUAUGAGAGCACCACUCACUACUACCUGGUCAUGCAGCUUGUUUCUGGUGGGGAGCUCUUUGACCGAAUCCUGGAGCGGGGUGUCUACACAGAGAAGGAUGCCAGCCUAGUGAUCCAGCAGGUCUUGUCAGCAGUGAAAUACCUCCACGAGAAUGGCAUCGUCCACAGAGACUUAAAGCCUGAAAACCUGCUGUACCUCACCCCUGAAGAGAAUUCUAAGAUCAUGAUCACAGACUUUGGUCUGUCUAAGAUGGAGCAGAGCGGUGUCAUGUCCACUGCCUGUGGGACCCCUGGCUAUGUGGCUCCGGAAGUGUUGGCCCAGAAACCCUACAGCAAGGCUGUGGAUUGCUGGUCCAUUGGCGUCAUCACUUACAUAUUGUUGUGUGGAUAUCCCCCUUUCUACGAAGAAACUGAGUCUAAGCUUUUUGAGAAGAUCAAGGAGGGCUACUAUGAGUUUGAGUCUCCAUUCUGGGAUGACAUUUCUGAGUCAGCCAAGGAUUUUAUUUGCCACUUGCUGGAGAAGGACCCGAAUGUGCGGUACACCUGUGAGAAGGCCUUGAGGCACCCCUGGAUUAACGGAAACACAGCCCUCCACCGGGACAUCUACCCAUCAGUCAGCCUCCAGAUCCAGAAGAACUUUGCCAAGAGCAAGUGGAGGCAAGCCUUCAACGCAGCAGCUGUGGUGCACCACAUGAGGAAGCUGCACAUGAACCUGCACAGCCCGGGCGUCCGCCCGGAGGUGGAGAACAGGCCGCCCGUCACUCAAGCCUCAGAAGCCUUGAGACCCAGCUCCCCUGAGAUCACCAUCACCGAGGCACCCGCCCUGGACCAGAAUGUGGCACUCCCUGCCCUGACCCGGCUGCCCUGCCAGCACGGCCCCUGGCACACUGCCCCCGGUGGCAGGUCCCUCAACUGCCUAGUCAAUGGCUCCCUCCGCAUCAGCAGCAGCCUGGUGCCCAUGCGGCAGGGGCCCCUGGCCAUCGGACCCUGUGGCUGCUGCUCCAGCUGCCUGAGCAUCGGGAGCAAAGGGAAGUCCUCCUACUGCUCUGAGCCCACACUCCUCAAAAAGGCCAACAAAAAACAGAACUUCAAAUCAGAGGUCAUGGUGCCAGUUAAACCCAGCGGCAGCUCGCAUUGCCGCGCGGGGCAGACUGGAGUCUGUCUCAUUAUGUGAUCCCUGGAGCCUGUGCCUGUGUCACUGCAGUUUUCAGGAGAGACGUUCGACUCUUCUCUGUCCUUCCAAACCUGGAGUCUACCCUGCAGCGAGAGGAAGGGGGGCAAGUGAAGCGGGGCCUGGCAGAAGUGGUUUCUGGUCAGAAGCAGCAGACUGCUGUCCGGGGCAGACCCUCAGAGAAGGCCCAGGAGUGAGCCCCAAGGCGCAGAGGCGUCGUUGAAGCUGCGGGCAGGAGGAGCAGCAUCCACCAGCUUCCAGGUCUCCCCGGCCUGCCUGCUCUGUGCCCCACACCCUACGUGCCGUGGCUCUGUGCAGUGUGCGUAGAUAGCUCUUGCCCGGGUCUGUGCUGUUUGUCGUGAAAAGCUUAACGGGCUAGCCAGACUGUGCCACCUUCUCCGAGCAAAGCCAUAUGGAGCAUCUACCCAGACUCCAAGCUCAGCACCCACUCACUCCUGCCUCUCAAGCCUCUGUCCUCACGGCCAGGAUGGGCUCAUUAAUGCAGUCACCUGCCCAUCUGCACGAAUGACAGGCAGCUCUACCCGUGAG